UGGCCCCGUAUACGAGAAGGCGUUUACGCAUGCGUGAGCGAGAAAGUGCGUUUUAGGAUGAUUACUGGGGGCGAACGAGCGAAAGAGAUUAUGUGGGCUGUACACAACUGUUGUUUUAAUCCGCAGAGCGAAGAGAUUUAGCAAAAAAAACCACGGGUUUCUCCCCUAGCAGCCAUAUUGUAUGGACAUUUGGUGGAAAAAGCAGAAGGAAAAAAAACACUUUCUAGAAGAACCUUGCCAAGACUUUGAGAUAGUUGAUUUUCAACUCACUGGCGGUGGGAUUCCGUUCAUUAGCCAGCAGUCCAGCUGGUUGACGAAUUUCAGAGAUUGGGGAUCGUAUAUAUUUUUUAAAUUAGAGAAUACUAUAUUUACUUUUAGCUUGUUUUAUUAACAGUCGGCAAGAUGAAGGACCGAUUGGAACAACUCAAAGCUACAUGCGACAAUGACGAUGAGGAAGUGGAAAUUGCUAUUGACAAUGCAGCUUUUAUGGAUGAAUUCUUCUCUCAGAUCGAGGACAUCAGGAACAGUAUUGAUAAGAUUGAUGAGAAUGUCUCUGAAGUCAAGAAGCUCUACUCAGUCAUACUGUCUGCCCCCACAUCAGACCAGAAAACGCAGGAUGACUUGGAGGCUGUCACCAACGACAUCAAGAAGAUGGCUAACAACGCCCGCAACAAACUCAAAACCAUCGAGAGGAAUCUGGAGUCUGAGGAAGAGGAGAGGAUUUCAGCCGACAUGCGGAUACGCAAAUCACAGCAUGCAGUGCUGUCCAGGAAGUUUGUAGACGUGAUGACCAAGUACAACGAGGCCCAGCUGGACUUCAGGGAGAGGAGUAAAGGACGCAUCCAGAGACAACUAGAGAUCACUGGCAAAGCUACGACAGACGAGGAGCUUGAAGAGAUGUUAGAGGGUGGAAACUCGGCCGUUUUCACUUCAGGGAUCAUGGACUCUGGGAUCUCGAAGCAGGCUCUCAGUGAGAUCGAGGCGCGACACAAAGACAUUGUGCGUCUGGAGAGCAGCAUCAAAGAGCUACAUGACAUGUUCGUGGACAUCGCCAUGCUAGUGGAGAGCCAGGGUGACAUUGUAAACAAUAUAGAAGCUCAAGUGUGUAAAGCGCAGGACCACAUAGCAGUGGCUAAGACUGAGACCAAAAAAGCCAUCAGGUACCAGAGCAAAGCACGCAAGAAAAUGGUGAUAAUAGUGGCAGUUCUGGUUAUCGUGCUGGCCAUAGUGGCUCUGAUUAUUGGGUUGUCGGUGGGAUUGAAGGAGAAAUGAGACGUGUGCGAAUAAGAGUUGUGUAAAGGAAGACAAUCAUUAUAGCAGUGGUCUGUGCUGUGCUCGCUGUCCUCAUCCUCGCCAUCAUCCUAUCACAGACAGUAGGGUAAUAGAGGGACCACGCCCCCUAACCUCACCCUCUUCAUUCAUCUUCAUCACUCAAUCUUGCCCUCCUCCAGUUGUGAAGCCAAAGAGGGGGAUGAAGACUUAACCUAUCCCUUCCCUUGCCCUUGGACACUCCCCCCUCUCUUACUGUAACUAUAGAAAAAGGCCCAGCCAGUGUGACUUCCUAGUUGGAGCAGGCUGGUGUUCCCCUUGGGGUGGCUGAGAGGAUGAGCACCAGGUGGGAGAGAAACAAGGGGACCAAAGCUGAGACUGGUUAUUAGCCCCUGAUAAAGCUCAACAAAAAGGGAAUCUGAAAAAGUGGAAAUCUUCACCCUCACACACAACUAAAUGGACACCGUGCAACAUUUCAUUUAAAUUCUCUGAACUGCUUUCUAUUUUUCCAAUAAUGUUAAUAAUUUGAUUGAUCUUGAUCCGCACUUAAGGGAACCUGACACUCCUUUCCCCAUUACAAAAACCUAAUGACCCCCGCCACCACCCUUGCCUUGUUUUCUUGCCAUUCUGAACCCCCAAGCUGAAAAGUAGACUCCUCCAGCCCACAGAGGAAUGGUGCAUUGUUUAACUCCCCUAUGAUUCUUGUAUUGAGGGACACGAGUGGAUUUCACUUCAGUCUAUGUGAAAUCAAUGACUCUGUCCAUGUUUGAUGCCACUUGAAUAGUUUAAAAAAAAUCCUAAAGCACACCUUACCUCUGAGCGUUUGGGAGAGAUCUUCGUCGAACAUCUGAUUUGCUUCUUAUGCCUUCCUUUACAAUCUGUCCAAUCAAAUUCAUUUCAUGCACCCCACACCUCAGAUGCGGUAGCCAAUGACGAGGCUCUAAAUGGGACAUUGAGGUUCUGGAAAUUUCAAGCUGAACAUUUUAAAUGUAAUCUUCACUGUAGUAUUAUGAUGGAUUCCAGAGAUUUUAAUGAAGGAAUAAAAUAUUUAGUUUUUUAA